GAUCUGCGAUGUAAAUAAACGGACAGAUCGGAUGGAUGAUGUCACGCAAUAAUGAGUGAAAUACAACACCGAGCAGAGCUGGAGAUGCGCCGAACCGAGCAAGUCCAGACACAUGCGGAGCGCAGAGCCAGGAGCGACUCUCUCUCUCUCUCUCUCCCUCCCCCUCUCUCUCUCUCUCUCUCUCUCUCUCAGUCCGGUUUAAUACGGAUCUUCUGAUCUGCUCUCUCAAUAAACUCACUGUAUUCCAUCGUCACGCUGGGUUCUCAGCAGCGCGCUUCAUGUCUGAGCUCUGAUCCGCACUGAAGUGAAGUUCUCCGUGCGCGCGUGCUCGCGGAGACGCGACUGACUCUGGACGGACUGUGAUGUGGAAGCUGCUGAUCAGGCUGGAUCUGGUCUCAUGAGCCGGUGGUGUCUUCUGCUGUGGAAUUCUGUUUUCGCUUUGAAAACUGCUGCUUGGACAAAUGCAUACAAAUGCAUUUAGGAGCUCAACGGACAAGGAGUGGACAAGUUUCUCCCGCAACGACAACGAGAUUCCUCGUCCUCCUCCUGUCAAUAUGUGCGGCGGUGCUGUCUGCAGAAGAGCGCUCAAGAGCUCAAGGUGUAGACCUUAUUCAUCAGCUGGGCCUUUCCGGUCACAGAGAUGUACACUCUUCCGGGACAGCUUACCUCACCUCCCUUGCUUCAUCCCUCUCCAUCCUACCCCCUGGUGUUGGGGCUAUCCUCGGACAGGAUGCCCUCAUUGAGGUCCCAUCGUUGGGCCUGCUCCCCGCAGGCGUGGAGGAGGAGUUUUCCAUCAUAGUGAGUUUAAGCUCCUGGCGAGCGAACAAUGCCUUUCUUUUUAGUAUGCGUGACGGCAGGGACCGACUGCAGUUUGGCUUGCAGCUCCUGCCCGGCAGAGUAGUGGUUUACACGGGCGAGAAAGCGUCUGUCUACUUCAAGUACGAUGUGCAAGAUGGACAGUGGCACUCCUUCUCUGUGGGGGUUCGGCCACGCUCCGUAUCACUCUAUGCACGCUGCGGAGUCGUGCAGUACAGCGAGGAAACACUGACACGUCCGCAGACGUUGGGUUCCGAAGGCCGCCUCUCCGUGGGCAGGAUGGACUCCAGGGCAGUGCAGUUUGAAGGAGCGUUGUGCCAGCUGGAUAUCUACCCCUCGGCCCAAGCAGCGGCAAACUACUGCGACUAUGUUAAAAAACAGUGCAGACUGUCUGACACCUUCCGAUCUCUGUCAGGGAGCACGGAGUCUCACUUCCGAUCAGUUUCACCUUCCCCAAAGUUCCACCGCAGCUCUUCCGAAUCACAUACUCUAGGAUUUAUCCCAACUCUUGCUGAUCACUCCACUACGGCCACCAACUCUAUUCCCACAGAACUUUAUGACCAGCUUUCAACCACAAGCGCUCCGAUAUUUAGUUCCAGCACACCUAGGCUAAUGAAAACAUCUCCAGGACCCAUCAGUAAGGAGCAAUCCCUGGCCUUUACUCCGGAGACUACCACCAGCAACCCAGACAUGAACCUUGAUGGUGAAAAUGACACAGAGAAUAAGCCACUCCUUAAGAGGCCAAGAGCAACACGGGCCACCCCGGACUUGAUCACCAUCGUCAAGCAGAGCCGUUUGAAAGAGGCCCUGAGGAAUGACGGAGGAUCCACCCAAUCCAACAAGGAGCUUCUGCAGACCAAGCUUAAAGUGAACGGCACCGUCCUUUACCGUGAAGAGAGCAGCUAUAACCUAGUGGACCGAUCCGAGGAGCAGGUCCAGGAGGGGACGCCCGAUGUAGGAUACUCGGAGGGUUAUGGAUAUGACUAUGGUUUCGAAGAAGAUGAAUAUUUCUUUGACUAUGAUGGAUCUGUUGGUCCUAAAGGAGAACCAGGCCCUCCAGGUCCCGCCGGCCCCCCGGGUCUCCCCGGACCCCCUGGAAAGAGAGGACCGCGAGGUCCGUCUGGUCCUCACGGGAGCCCCGGGCCACCUGGUUUACCUGGUCCGAAGGGAGCAAAAGGAGACCCUGGACUGUCCCCGGGUCAGGCGCCAGCAGGUGAACCGGGAGAAAGAGGACGGCCAGGUCCACAGGGUCCUAAAGGUGAACAAGGUCUGAAGGGUCCCAAAGGCUAUCCAGGACUGGCAGGUCUGCCAGGAGAACAGGGUUUGCCAGGAUUGCCAGGCGUAUCUGGGGCAGCAGGUUACCCUGGCAGGCAGGGUUUGGGAGGACCAGAGGGAAACCCAGGACCUAAAGGUGUCAAUGGCUUCAUCGGACCUCCAGGAAUUGCAGGACCACCAGGACUGGAGGGAGAGAGAGGAAUUCCAGGUCCGGUGGGAAACAAGGGUCCCAAAGGAAGACAGGGUGUUGUUGGCGAUGCGGGUGAGAGAGGACCGCCUGGACCCGACGGAAACCAGGGGCCCGUCGGUGGAACUGGCAGCAGUGGAUUCCCAGGCCUGAGAGGCGAUCCUGGGCCCGAGGGACCCCGUGGGUUUCCUGGCAUUGUGGGACCUCAGGGCCUCGGCGGAGGGGUGGGGCCGCCGGGAAUGAAAGGUGAUAAGGGUGAACCUGGAUUGAGAGGUGAACCAGGAGAAAAUGGUUAUCAGGGCGACAAGGGAACGGCUGGUAAUCCUGGCCCAACAGGACCACGUGGAAAACCAGGACCGAUUGGGAAAACGGGUGAGCCGGGACCUCAAGGGCCUCCGGGGCCACCAGGACCUGAGGGUUUCCCAGGAGACAUUGGUGCACCAGGACCGAACGGCCCCCCGGGACCAAAGGGUGUUCAAGGAGCCCGGGGGCCCCAGGGACCACCAGGGCCAAAAGGAACAGAGGGAGACGAAGGCCCUCCAGGUCCACCAGGAAAGCCUGGUCCCAAUGGCAAAAUUGGUCGGAAAGGUUUAAUCGGUGAACCAGGACCUGAAGGCCUGAAGGGAGAAAUUGGUGAUCUGGGGAAUGCUGGGAAAAAUGGCCCUCCUGGUCCAGUGGGAAUGAUCGGAAUAACCGGAGUGGUCGGACAACCUGGAGAAAAAGGUGAUCGAGGUCCUCCGGGUCCUUUGGGUCCUCCAGGAGAGAAAGGUUCAACAGGGUAUCCGGGUCUUCCAGGAGGUCCUGGAGACUUUGGCCCACAAGGUCCACCAGGUCCACAAGGGCCGAGAGGAGCAGCAGGCGUUCCCGGGCCCAAAGGACGGAGGGGCCCGAGAGGACCUGACGGCCCUCGAGGGGAACCAGGCCAUGAGGGCGUAAAGGGUGAAAAGGGAUCUGCAGGGAGGAAUGGAGCUCCGGGAUUCAUCGGUAAAGCUGGAGGUCCAGGGAAGAGAGGAGCAGCAGGAGCCGCUGGUAAAGAAGGUCCACCCGGCAGCACAGGUGAAAAAGGUCCUCCAGGUAAACCUGGGUCCAGAGGCCCUCCGGGGGACGCGGGACCAGAUGGAGAACAAGGUCACGAGGGACCUCCAGGACCUGAAGGAGAGCAGGGGCCCGUGGGUGAACCUGGACUCAAGGGUGAAAUGGGACCUGUCGGAGAAGAGGGUGAACUGGGCCAACUGGGCAUCAGAGGUCCUCCAGGGCCACCCGGAGAGGACGGACAUCAAGGGAAGGAUGGACCAAAGGGUGAGCCAGGUGACCGUGGACCAAUAGGAGAAGCCGGGGAAAGGGGCGAGAUCGGUGACUCCGGCCCACCAGGACUUCCUGGAGAUGCUGGGGCAAAAGGCUUCCCGGGACCCGAGGGCAAACAGGGUCUGCCGGGCAACCGUGGACGUCCAGGAAAGAAGGGUGAGAAAGGGCCGCCAGGUCACCUGGGAGAAAUGGGCUCGCCCGGCGAAAUCGGACAGGCCGGGGAGAGAGGACUCAAAGGUGCUCGUGGAACCAGAGGACCCGCAGGUCGACCUGGAGUUAUGGGACCUCAGGGAGAGCCAGGACUGCAAGGUUACGAAGGUCACACUGGCAAGCAAGGUCCAGCAGGCCCCCCGGGACCAAAGGGAGAAAAGGGUUACCCAGGAGAAGACAGUAAAACGGCAGGACCGCCCGGGCCCUUAGGUGAACCAGGGGCUCCAGGAGAGAAAGGUGAACGUGGGGAACCAGGAGAUGAUGGAUAUCAGGGUCACGCAGGGGUCACCGGCUCUCGGGGAGCCCUCGGUCAGCAGGGAUCUCCUGGAUCUCCUGGGCUACCCGGCGAAGCAGGACCCAAGGGCGAGAAGGGAAUUCAGGGACUCGCUGGUAAGAAAGGAUCCCGAGGCCUCGCUGGAGCACCAGGUCUUGAGGGUCCAGUGGGUUUGCCAGGGCCCAGAGGGACGGAUGGGUAUCCGGGAUCCGACGGGCUUCCUGGUCUUCCCGGUUUACCGGGUCUCCCUGGAUCGAAAGGCCGAACAGGUCACCGUGGUGAUACCGGUCUAGAGGGCAGGGCGGGACUUCCUGGCCCACGGGGUGAGCUCGGACUUCCAGGUGUGGUCGGAGAGAGAGGGCCAGCGGGGUUAAAGGGCGAGACAGGUUUACUGGGCGACAGAGGACCUGCGGGUGUGAAAGGCAUGGAGGGGGCGACGGGAGACCAGGGCAUGAAGGGAGAGCAAGGUGCCAAAGGACAACCAGGUGAGGUGGGAGAUGUUGGCAUGCUGGGACUCCAAGGUUUUCCGGGACCCAAGGGUCCGAACGGAGACUUGGGGUUCACCGGUGUUCCUGGACUCAAAGGGCCGACCGGUGUUCUGGGUUUCUCCGGUCCUGUAGGUCUGGUGGGAAUGAUCGGUCCAGUGGGAAAGCCCGGUGCCAGAGGGCCCAAAGGAAGCCGUGGAGAGAUGGGACCUCAGGGGCCACAGGGCAGUCCAGGGCCACAGGGACCUCCAGGUUCGCCCGGCCCAUCGAGACGUAUCGGUAUGGACGCUCAAGCCCUGAUGGAGUCCAGAGAACAUCUGCAGCUGGAGAGUUACCAGAACACAGACACGUCUCUGUCUGAGCAGAACGCCGAGAUCUUGCGAACGCUGCAGUAUCUGAGCGGCGUCAUCCACAGCAUGAAAACACCGCUGGGCACUCGAGAAAACCCUGCCCGCUUCUGCAAGGACCUGCUGGACUGCCAGCGCGAGAUAAGCAACGGACUGUUCUGGAUCGAUCCGAAUCUGGGCUGUACGUCUGAUGCCAUCCUGGUGUUCUGUAACUUCACCGCAGGUGGACAGACAUGCUUGAACCCCGUCACCACUGAUAAGACCGCGUUUGAUGUCGGGAAAGUCCAGAUGAAGUUCUUACACUUGCUGAGCGUCACAGUCACUCAGACCGUUUCCCUCCACUGCUUCAACGACCCGGCAACAUCUGCCACGGAGACGCCACGGGUCUUGCGUUUCCGGGGUUGGAACGGUCAAGUGUUCGAGGACGACUCGCUUCUGAGUCCUCAAGUGCUUUUGGACAACUGUGAGAUCCGUGACGGCAGCUGGCAUCAGUCUCGAUUCCGGUUUCAAACGCAGGACACUCAGCAGCUUCCCAUCGUGGACAUUCAAGGUCUCCAUCCCUCACAUCCAGGAGACCAGCGGCACUUGGAAGUGGGUCCUGUUUGCUUCCUGUGAAAUCACUGAAGGACUUCGUCUCCGAAUGGAUCCAUCGGUGAACUGAGCGACUGCAGCGAAGAACAAACGCUUCUGGAGCCCGAGACAUCGGUUCAUCCACGUUCAUCGCGAGACUGCUGUUGUGUUUUAUCCGUUGUGAUUCAGUCUCGGGUGCUGUUUGCAGGCAAACAAUCCUUGUGGAUUGUGCGUUCGCUCUCAAAUCAUUGCUAGUGUCAAACAAGGUUGUUCUUGUUAACAGACUAUGAUAAGGCCGACCUGGACUCUUUAGACGGUGCUCUACCUCCUUCACACACAGGUGCUCGUGUUCAGGUGCAUCAAGCCCGAAACAAACUCUACGCAAGUACGCGAAUGCAAACUCGAUUUUGUGCAUCAUCGUCUGGAUUCAAAUUAGACCAGUCUACGGAUUUAUGUAACUUACUUUAAAAAAUGAUGACGGUCUUAACGAAAACAUUUUGAUGACUAACUGUUAAGACUUGUCUAAGAAAUUUUAUAAGACAAUCGUGCUGAGCAAGUUAGUUAACGUUAAAGAACACUAGUUAUGAUUCCAUCCACAUAUUCUCAUGCAAAUUUUGGGAUAUUAAAAAAGCUGACGGAAAUAAUGCAUUAACUAAUGUUCACAAAUGAGACCUUAUUGUAAAGCGUUACUAAAAAUGUUACGCUCAGUUGAGAUAAUUUUUUUCUUCGAUAAGAAAACAUGCACAUAAACUAUGAUGGAAACACAUUUACCGAGACUUUUUAUUAUUUUAUUACUGAUACUUUGCGCCAGUUUUCCAGGAAGUUACGAUUUUGUUUUCUUGAACACAUGGGAUGGAAACUUUUUUGUUCACAAACAUUUUAUACGAUAUUUCAGUAGCUAUGUUUCCAUCCAAAGUUGCAAGUUCAACUUGUGCGCAAAAUUGGAAUAUGGCAUAAAACAUUUGCAAAUAAAACGCUGUUUCCAUUCCUUGUGUUCAAGAGAACAAAAUCGUCACUUCCUGGGAAAACCAACAUUUCAGGUGCUGUGAUGCGAUUGGUCCGCUGGUUAGUCCAGUUAUCCAAUCACAGCCUCUGCUGAGGCAAAAUCACAUCAGUUUUGAGUGAUUUAUUCAGUAAAUGUGUUUCCAUUGUAGUUGUAGUGUGCUUGUCUUCUUAUCAGAUUAAAAAUGUGUCUGUCUCAAUUGAGUGCAUGAAUUUAUGCGCAUUUCCAUCCAGUGUUUUUUUAUACGAUAUCCCAAAAUGUGUAUGAAAAUAGGUAGAUGGAAACAUGGCUAGACAGUUGACAUUUGAAGGAAUCACUUUGAGCACCCAUGUGAUGUAUGUACAUCGAUCAGUCUUUCGUAUCUGUGUAUUUGCGUACAUUAUGUUUCUGGCCAUAAGGUGUUUGUUUGUGCUGGCUUCUUCUGUUGUACUUUUGCGUUUGGUCAUUUCGAUCAGAACAAACCUAAUUUAUAUGAACAGUGUGUUGAUAAGUUAUGUUAUACAUCGGCUUAAUAUACUUUAUACGUUAAGGAGAACGCCGCUCAUGACCCUUAAAGAGACGCCGCGAGUAUCUGCCUGAUGAAAACAAUAACGAGGAUACUUGACGGAAAUUUUUGUUGGAGAAUGGUUAUUUGAAACCAUUUUAAAUGUUCCCAGGUGCUAAAAAUGUGAAUUUACAUGCGUUACAAAAACUAUAUCUUAUAUUCGUGAUGUCUCUAAUGUCCUAACCAGACGCGAUGUGAUAAGAUUCCAGCAACGCGACUAAGAGACACCACAGAAUCAAUAAAAAAUCACAGCCAAUCAGAAGAGCGUGUGGGUGGAGUCUCUCUUCUAGCGCACUGCACUCACAACCAAAUCAAUCCAAAAUCACAGCCAAUCAGAAUAGCGUGUGGGUGGAGUCUCUCUGCAAGCACACUGCACUCGCAACCAAAUCAAUCCAAAAUCACAGCCAAUCAGAAUAGGGUGUGGGCGGAGUUUCUCUGCAAACGCACUGCACUCACAACCAAAUCAAUCCAAAAUCACAGCCAAUCAGAAUAGUGUGUGGGCGGAGUUUCUCUUCAAGCGCACUGCACUCGCAACCAAAUCAAUCCAAAAUCACAGCCAAUCAGAAUAGCGUGUGGG